AUGGCACAGCUCCAAUUCGGUAGACAAUACACAUACAAAGAGAUAGCCGAUCUCUCGGCCAAAAAGCCCGCCCAAACCUGGCUUCAGCCACCACCUCCAGCAAAGGAGCUCCCCACCAGCGACACACUCACCAACGUGGCUGUUACCGGAGAAUUCAACUGUAUCGCAGGUGGCUUCAUCGUUGGAUCCAUGGCAGCGCAAAUACAGCUUUCCCCUUCUGCGCCAAAUGCACAAGUCACCUGGCAGAAUGUGGAUAGUGUGGAUGGUUUCUCGGCUGGUAGCACGACGUCGGUUGGUAAAACUUCUGGUCAACAGUCUACCACGAAUGUCGCUCACCACGAUUUCUGCCGAGCCUUUCGUCACAGGAUCUGUACAUACCGUUUCGAAAGCACGUUUAGUGUUAAUGUCGAUGGUGGGAAUAAGAAGAUUUCUGGUAGCGCGGCGGCGGAACCGGUUAUGAAGGAGAACUGUAUUACUCUGCAGCCGGGAGGCACGCUAAACAUUCACUACGAUUACCCUUUGUGUACACCUAUCCAUUACAGCUAG